AUGACAAACAGCAGCCGGACGCUACUCGUUGUGCGGCUACUGUCGGAAGAACAACGAUCCAAAGCAUGCACAUCCAUGCGAAAGAUUUGCUUCGGCUCAGAAGAUGGCCUCCGAUUUGAAUAUUCUAUCCACGAAGUCGCCAGUGCGGGGACUGUCCUCGACUUCGUUAGGCCGCCGGCCACGCGAGCCCUCUGCCCGGAUUUGGAGCCGACGUACGUCCUGCGUCAAGAUGCUGACAAAUGGCUGGACUUCGAUAGGGGCACCGGCCAGCUACGCUUGACGCGGCCUGUGUUGUGGAGCGAGUCACCGCCAGCCGCGAGCUCCGUGGUGACGGCCAGGCUUGAAUGUUCAGUUAAGGGUCAACCAAGCGAGACAGCCAAAGUGCUGCUUCAGGUGAAGGACUUGGAUGAUCAGCCACCGAGGGCACAAAGGGAGAGCGACCUUAUCUGCCGAACGUCAGUCAGAACUCUUGAAAAGGGCGAGAAACUAGGGUGUACAAUAACAGUGCGAGACCGAGACUCAAUGGAUGCCAACAGCUUGAAAGUCCGAUUGGAACAAGAUACUCGAGACCUGUUCGAGCUUGUGAAUCCGUUGUACCAGACUUUUAUUACAGACAAGAAGAUGACAUUCCUUAACGCAGAGAUUGCCGUCCGGAGCACUGCUGCCUCGUUUCCAGGAGACAAGUACAUCUUUGCGGUCACCGUAGAGGACACCAGUCUUGUGCGCAGUGACGUACCUCGCAAGAUCCUCUCACCGAUGACAGCACCCGCAUCAAAUCACCGCUUUCGGCUCGUGUUGGAUGAUGGCGAUGUGUUGGCCACAGCUGCGCACACGUGGCUCACGGUAACACCGCGCACGGGCAUCCUCUAUGUUACGGAUUCCGAGAGGCUGCGUGAAUUCAACCACUCCGAGACAGGUGUGCUACUUGAGGCAUCGUGGGAAGAAGAUGGGGAGAACGGCACCACCCGGCGUCACCUCUACCGCGUCGAAGUGCAUAUCCAGGAGUCUAAAGAAGGACGCCUCUGUGGUCAGCAACUGAGUGAGACCCAGUGCUUGGCGACGUGUGGUCCAGGCACGGUUGACGGGCGCUGCCGCUGGCGCCACGGCUCUGACGGACUACACCUCACCAAACAUUUUAGCACCUGCACUGGAGAUCUAGAGAGUUGUCCCGAUGGCAUCUGCGACGAGCUGGAGCUAAUGCAGCCUACGCUUUGCCCACAGGAUUGUGCAGAGCAUGUGGUCGGUGAGGCAGUGGCAGGGCUUACCGGCAAAGGAAUUGAAAAGGCCAUGGGUAUCUGUUCAUGUGCCUCAGCUGAGAGUUGCACUUGCACCAAACUUCCCGCCAGGCCUGACAGCCGUGACAUUGUGCUAGUCGACCAACCAUGGUCGCCAAGUGCCCAUGAAAACAGACAGCGCUCAUUUGGCCAGGAAGCUUCGACAGGCGACCUUGGACGGUGGCCAGAGCCGAGUGGGUCAGUGGCACCUGUUACUGCAACAUCCUGUGGAGCGGGUUGUGUGGCAUCGCUGUGCUUGGCGGGCCUGCUAGUGUCAGCCUUGGCAGUGGCAGCACUGGUGGCACUUGUGCGGAGGCGACGUGUGGCCGCUAAGCACAAGUACCUGGGCUCAAGAGCAUCACUGUCAGUUCCCUCAGACUACGUUGACAGCCGCAGCGCUGCUUCGCCUCCAGCCCCCGAUGCCGCAAUGCAGUCCUCCACACCACACGCUGAAUCCGUGGACGAGCAAUGGGAGUUCCCCAGGGAGAAUCUCAUUUUGGAACAAAGUUUGGGUGAAGGAGAGUUUGGCCGCGUUGUUCUUGCCCGUGCCCGUGACAUCGGUGGUGUUCGAGGUUUCACCACGGUGGCAGUCAAGAUGCUCAAAGGUAACUGGACACCAGCUGAGGAGCAAGAUUUGCUGUCGGAAUUUUGUAUGCUCAAGGAAGUAAACCAUCCCAACGUUAUACGUCUUCUUGGGGGCUGCACCACAAAAGGUGGGCCACUUUAUGUGAUCGUGGAGUACGCGCAACUUGGAUCUCUGCUAAAUGUGCUGCGACGUAGCCGGCACAUGGCCGGAGGGGGUGCUGACGUGACAGUUGUCUGCAACCCAACGUACAUGGCUCAAGAACCGUCCCUGAGGGCCCUGGAAGAGAAUGCUGAGGAUCCUGUUCUGGGGCCUGAAAUACCCAGUUUCAGUGAUCUGAUUUCUUUCGCUUAUCAAAUAGCGAAAGGAAUGGCAUACUUGGCGGACAUGAAGCUGGUGCACAGAGACUUGGCGGCACGAAAUAUCCUUUUGGCAGAAGGGAACGUUAUCAAGAUCUCCGACUUUGGCUUAAGUCGGGACGUGUAUGAGGGCGACACAUAUCUCAAGAAAAGUAGGGGAAGAGUGCCCGUGAAAUGGAUGGCCUUAGAGUCGCUGGAAGAUCAAAUAUACACAAGCAAGAGUGAUGUGUGGUCCUUUGGUGUCGUGCUUUGGGAAAUCGUCACGCUAGGUGCUUCACCAUACCCUGGCGUUGGUCCUGAGCAUUUGUUCCGUCUUCUCAAGACCGGGUACAGAAUGCAUCAACCCGAAGGCUGUACAGACGAAUUAUAUCGUAUGAUGCUGAGCUGUUGGCAGCCCAGACCACAGGAUCGUCCUUGUUUUAAAGAGCUAAAGCAACGAUUGGAAGAUAUACUGCAGGACGCUGCGGUAAGUUGUAAAUAA